AUGCCCCGAUCACUGAUACCAAAGGAGUACCCCGACUUCAUGGAAUGGUGGGACAAACCAACGUACAUCUCCGACGGAGCUCUCGGCAAGCUCUACCGAGCGGCUGCGAGCCGUAUGCAGAGCGCACCUGCCACCCCGUCCUCGGCUCAAGCGAGCCCCGCGUUCGAUCCCGACCUGGAGGUCCCUGGCUUCGAGGAUUUCCUGGCAUCCGCGGAGGAGUGCUACGAUCUGUACGCGGAGAAGCUGAGCACCCUGAUGGUCUACUACGGCGCGGAGCACGAGGACGAGAUCCUGACCGGCAACAUCCGGAACUGGCUCCUGUACCUGAAGAAGGACAACAAGAGGUACUUCGAGAUGAAGGACCGCAUCAUCGACUCUGUCGAGGGCCUGCACAAGGAGGUGCUGGGUUGGUUCACGAGCCGCCCGAAGGCGGAGGCGGCGAGGAGGACCUCGGCGUGGUACCGCGUGACCUAUCACCCGGGCCACCGCCGGCCGGGAAAGAAGCAGUUCUGGAGCUUCCCGUGGAUUGUCUGCGACGAGCUGCUGAAGAUCAAGGAGUCCAAUGAGCGGCGCAGGCAGCAGGUGGACGACGCUGCGGCCUGA